AAACGGUCCUUUCUUUUUAUUUGCGAGCACCGAAAGUUUCCCCCUUGAAUCUACAAACCUUGGAAUUGCAACUCGAGGCAGCUUACGAGCUCAUUCCCAAUUCUUUCCCUACAACACCUUGCAAUUUCAAACGCUUUCGUUGCACAUUUCCAAAGUCCAAACCCUUGAACCCGACUUCCAGGCUUCCACUUUUUUCUCGUCAAAUAUUGGGCAAAACGGUCGUAAACAGAAUCAGUCAAUAUGACCUCCCAAGACUCCGCGACCAACGACCAGGGCAAGAAGUCCCUCUAUCAGCGCUACAAGGACGCCAAGGCCGGCAAGCCCAUCAGCGACGAGGCCCUGAAGAAAUACACAGGCAUGAACAAGGAGGAGCUGCACGACUGGGCCAAGGACAGGGACGGCGUUGCGGGCAACCAGGCCGCGGGCAGCAUCACCGCCGGCCCCGCGAGCGGGUUUGCGGGCUACGAGGCUGCGCAUGGCGUCGGCGGUUGGGGACCGGAUGCUCAGGGCAAGGCCAAGUUCCCUUCGGAGCAGUCUAAGGAGUAGGCCAGGGUGAGGACUGUUGCCUUUGGUUGAAAGUGUAAUUUUGCACAUCGACAGAUCCAACAUAAGUCUGUGGCGGCGUGGGGCUUACACCUUUCUCGAAAUGUUGGCCACGUUCUCAAAUGCAUUUGCUUCAAUGCUACUUUCAAGUCUUGGGACAAAGACUUUCUACUCGA